AUGGCAGAAUCAGCAUUUGCCUACCAUGAACCGGCCAUAUCUACCAUCCUCAACCAGUCCGGGCUCCUCCUGGUCUUGAAUCUGGUGAACACCUGUCUGGACAAACUUCUGUACUGUGGUCUAAUCGGCCAACUCUUCAUUGGCAUCCUCUGGGGUACACCAGGGGCCAAGUGGCUUGACCGUGACGUGGAAACCGUCAUGCAGCAACUAGGAUACCUGGGCUUAAUCAUGCUAGUCUAUGAAGGCGGCCUGUCAACGGCUCUGUCCUCCCUCCGUGCCAACAUGUAUCUCUCCGUCGCAGUAGCUGUUACCGGAAUCGCCCUUCCUAUGGGAUUGUCGUUUAUUCUCAUGGAAUUGGUAUCGGCGACGCCGCUUCAGGCAUUCUCUGCUGGUGCGGCUCUGAGCGCGACAAGUCUAGGAACCACGUUUACUAUCCUUUCCACUACACAACUGAUCACGUCGCGGCUCGGUACAGUCACUACAAGUGCUGCGAUGCUUGACGACGUUGUCGGCCUUGUCAUGGUUCAGAUCAUCUCCAACCUCGGUGGGAGUGGUGACUCGUUCAGUCCAGUAACUGUUAUCCGUCCGCUGUUUGUUUCCAUUGGUUUUGGUGUUGGCGUUGUCUUGGUCUGUAGAUUCGUGGCCCGUCCUGUUUUGAUCAGGAUUCUCGAGUCGAAGAGCAAGUUACCACAGUUUACACAUACGCCGCAGUUUGCCUUUAUCGGUUAUACGUGCUUGCUUGUUGGUCUGGUCGCUGGCGGUACAUAUGCCGGAACGUCAAGCUUAUUUGCUGCGUAUCUUGCUGGUGUUAUCACUUCUUGGUUUGACACCUUAGUGCGCACAGUCCCAAGCUCUACAGCAGAACAGCGGCCGCAGGAUGAGGACAACAGCUCUCAGGCACAGGCACCACCUGAACAGCUGGCCGCUGGAAGCACGCCUCAAACUCCCAGCUUGCGCGAGGACGACACGAUCACAGGGAUGUACAUCUACGAGCACUACUACCAUGGGCCCGUUACUCGAAUUCUAAUUCCCAUGUUCUUCGCCUCGAUCGGUUUCGCGAUCCCUAUCACAGAGAUGUUCCGGGGCAGCGUCGUCUGGCGCGGCGUCGUGUAUGCUGUGCUGAUGGCGUUUGCGAAGAUGUGUACUGGAGUCUGGCUAGUCCGAGUCUCGCCUGGCUCUGGACUUCGCACCUUCGUUCGUGUCCUGAAGUCUCCUCUGGCCUAUACGAAUUCCUGCAUACGGGGGCACAAACCCGAGGAGGCUCCGACCAGUGAGAAAGGUCCCAAACAAGCGACCGACAAUCAACUUCAAGAAAACAGAGACAGCAAUGAAAAUGCCGACCCCAGUCCUGGUCCCUCCAAUUCAGAAUCUGAUGCAGACGCCAUCACGAACGCAGAUACCAACACACCCCCUCAACAACAGACACAGAAUCGUCCAUCUGCCUCUCUCCCCCCAAAGCCCAAGUCGCUCUACUCAGCCUCAAUACUGGCUUUGGCUAUGACGGCUCGCGGGGAGAUAGGCUACCUCAUCGCCUCCCUUGCAGAGUCAAACGGGAUCUUCGGCGAUACAUCACAGGGCUCGUCUGAGACUUACCUAGUUGUCGUGUGGGCGAUCUCCCUGUGUACCUUGGUAGGACCUAUUGCGGUUGGGACACUUGUUAAACGUGUUAAAGCGUUGCAGCAAAAACGCGCAAACUCGGGAGGCCCGGAUCCAUUGGGUGUUUGGGGUAUUUGA